CAGCUGUCCUGUUUGGAGCAGUCAGUUCGCGUUGUGGCUUUGCCACGUGCUUCUCGCGAUCUUUAGAUACCUUAUGCAAUCAAGACAUGCAUCGGAAUUCUUUAUCAUAUUUUUGUGUGACGAUAAUCAAGAUAAAAAUAUUAUUUAAAAACUAUUUUGUCUAAUGCAUUUAAGUAGUUCCGAGAAUAUCGAGAGCACUUUCAUUAUCAACAUGAUCUCGUGUCGCAAAAGUUUCAAAAAGCCAGAAACUCGUGUAUACGUGCACUUGUGCGAAACAUCGAAUGGUCCUGUUGUUAAAUGAAAUUAAUGAGCAAAUUCGAACACGAAGCGAGGAUCUAUACAAACUUACGAAGCAUUAUGAAGCCGAAAGUUCUGCUCAUCCUUGCCAACUUCAUUACUUCUGCCUUUUUUUUCACAGCGGCCGCGAGUGCAAGAACGUACGUCAAACAGCAGACGCAAAGCAAUAAUCACAGCAACAUUAGUAACCUAUUAGAUAAUUUACUUCGAGGCUACGACAAUAGUGUUAGACCGGAUUUUGGCGGGCCGCCGGCGACUGUCGAGGUCGAUAUUAUGGUACGCAGCAUGGGACCCAUUUCCGAGGUGGAUAUGACGUACUCAAUGGAUUGUUACUUCCGGCAGUCGUGGGUAGACAGACGUUUAGCAUUUCAAGGUGGUAAAGAAACACUCGCUCUAAGUAUUUCUAUGUUGGCGCGGAUCUGGAAGCCCGACACGUACUUUUACAACGGCAAACACAGUUACUUGCACACGAUCACCAGCCCGAACAAAUUUGUCAGACUUUAUCAGAAUGGCAGAGUUCUUUACAGUUCCAGACUUACGAUCAAAGCAGGAUGUCCGAUGAAUCUCGAAGAUUUCCCAAUGGAUACACAGAAAUGUCCGUUGCAAUUUGGCAGCUUUGGCUACACGACCCGCGACGUAAUCUACAAAUGGAACAGCGCAAGGCAAGUCGCUAUAUCGGAGGACAUGAAGCUGUCGCAAUUUGAUCUGGUAGCUAAUCCCACCGCAAAUCAUUCGACUGCACCAGGCUUCUCGCAUGCGGAGUACUCGAUAUUGCUGGUAUACUUUCACUUACAAAGGCACAUGGGUAAUUUCUUGAUACAAGUAUACGGUCCUUGCGUCCUGCUGGUAGUCCUAUCUUGGGUCUCAUUCUGGUUAAACAGAGAAGCUACUGCCGAUCGAGUAUCGCUAGGCAUAACGACUGUAUUAACAAUGACGUUCUUAGGACUUGAAGCAAGAACCGAUCUGCCUAAAGUUCCUUAUCCCACUGCUUUGGAUUUCUUCGUAUUUCUGUCGUUCGCGUUUAUCUUUGCCACUAUAAUACAAUUCGCAGUGGUGCAUUAUUUCACCAAAUACGGAUCAGGAGAGUGUUACUUUAGCUCCGAUCUAAGCGACACUGAAAGUUCGAGUGAAGAGGAAAAUGUAACUAAAAGGCUAAUGAAAAAUCAACCGGCUCGUCGGAAGAGUUCCGCAAGUUCUAGCACGCGAGGACGUGGCAAUCGUAACUUGACGAUAAAUGAUGACAGUAUGAUCGAAGUGAUACCAUUGUCAGCGAUCUCGAUACCCGAUAGGGAUCCAACGAUGACCAGGCAUUGGCAGAUAUCUUGUGUGACUUGCAGCCCACCACCGAGACAAGUGGUGCCGGUGCCGCCGAUGCCGCUGCCACUGCCGCCAUCGGCACCACCGCUGCCGUCCUCCAAGCGUACACCGUUGUCCACAUCCAGAAAACGACGUCGACGAACACCUAGAUACAAUUCGGUAUCAAAGAUUGAUCGCGUCAGUCGUGUAAUGUUUCCCCUCUUUUUCCUGACCAUUAAUCUCUUCUAUUGGUACGCUUAUCUCUCACGUAGCGAGCGAAUUCACUAUUACAAUUCCAACACGACGUAAUAAAAUCUUCUGCUUCAAACGAGAUUGCAAAGAUUACAAAAUACAUUAAUUUGUGCUUUAAUAUUGGAGAACGGCACAAUCUUGAUGUAAAAAUGUGCGUAUAAAAUUAUGACCAUUCAUCUCAUUGUAAGACGAAAAAAUGACGAGAUUUUAUUAGGAAAAAAAUUACAGCUUAAAAGAAUAAAGAGAGAAUAACGUGAUAAAAA